ACAGUGUGUGUCAUGUGGGGCUUGUUUAAAAGCGAAGGGAGGUGCAGACCAGAUGGGAUUAAGCGUCUGUCACACGAGCAGGGAGACACAGCUAGGAAAGUGAUAUACAGUGAGGAGCUGGGCGCAGGGGGCACAACAACUGACAGCAGGCACAAGCAGUGGCAGCUACAGAAUCUACUAUGACGUUAAACAAGAGAGAGAAAUUAGGAGGGUUGCAGCAGCAGCACCGGGGGAGCCUCCCCCUUUCUUCUGGACCUCGCAGACGGGGGAGUAUGCCUUUACCUUACAAGCACCAGCUGAAACGCACACAAGCAGUAGAUGAGCUGGACUGGCCAAGUGUCCAUUCUGGGUCAUCAGACUCUGUCAGGUCUUCAGAAAGUAGCCCAGACACUGGGGUCUACAAAGUGAUGCUGCUGGGCGACAGUGGAGUGGGAAAGUCAACCCUAGCUGGCAUAUUUGGAGGAGUAGAAGACACCUUUCCUCAUGAAUCAGAACAUCCAGAGGACACUUAUGAAAGGAAUUUGCUUGUGGAUGGAGAGAAGACUGCUUUAAUUGUAUAUGACAUCUGGGAACAGGCUGGUCCUCAGAUUUGGAUGCAGGACAGUUGUCUCCAGAUGGGGGAUGCAUUCCUUCUCAUCUUCUCAGUGACAGAUCGUAGCACUUUCCAGCGCCUCCCUAGUCUCCUCCUACAAUUGCGCACAGCUCGUCCUCAUCGCCACAUUCCCAUCAUCCUUGUUGGCAAUAAAGGUGACCUGGCCCGCUCAAGAGAGGUCAGCAUAGAAGAGGGACGAUCUUUGGCAGGUAUGCUGAACUGCAAAUACACAGAGAUAUCAGCUGCACUACACCACAACACCCACGAGUUGCUUGAGGGGGUGGUAAGACAGAUCCGCCUGAGAAAGGACGAAGGAGAGCACAGUGUGAAGACCCCAAUUCUCCUGACUCCUGGCCGCAGAGAGAGUCUGACCAAAAGAGCACGCCGCCUUCUGCAAGGGAUGAUGGGAAAGCACCGUGGCUUUUUCAAGCAGAGAUCAAAGUCUUGCCAUGACCUUUCAGUACUGUGAAAAACUGACCAGCCACAGAAAAAUUAAAGCAACAUAGUAAUCACGUGAAAAAAGUCAUGGUGUGAAACCAAAGAAGGCGCUGACUGAUAUGACUGACUUCAUGCUGAACCAUAGACUAACCACAUCAGUCAUGGUAGCUACAGACAGAUCAUCUGUGACCUAAUGGCAUUGCUUUGGUGGGCACAGGGGGUUACAUGCGUGUUAGGGUCAGUAAAUGUAAUGAGUGAGCUCAUUCCAGAAAGGGUUACUGGCUGUCAGUGUUGUCUAAUCCCUGCCAGAACCAUGUUACGCCAAUCACUGGCCUCUCCACAACCAUUCUACUGCCAUAUUUCUACUUCAGACACAUUUUCUAGAUUUCAUUUCUACAGAAUGUUGUCAUACUGAACACACGACGUCUUAUACAGAACCUUUAAUCGAGUUUGGUGUCGGUAUUGACAGGUGAUUUUGUGCGGCAACAACCAGACAGCAACGUCUUGCACAGUACAGACUGAUGUGCUACGUUCUAGUCUAGAUAACAGGGGUAACCAUUAUGGGACCCUUGUGGAGGGAUGGUUUGGACAGGGAGGCUGCUGCAGGUUGUUCUGGAGGAGAGAAAUGUAAGGACAACAAAAGAAAUAAACUCGUUUUUUGAAGCUUG